AGCAACAACAGCCGCCAUGAACGCAUUUGUGCUUAUUGCAUUUGUGCCAACCGCCGUUGCGGAUCUCGUAGUCGACAUCCCUGACGGAAGAGUAAGGGGUCAUGAGAUCAAAACGGAAAGCAGCAGCAUGUACGCCUUUCAAGGAAUACCCUAUGGUCGACCGCCUGUUGGAAAAUUGAGAUUUCAGGCUCCUUUACCUUCGGAACCAUGGGAAGGAAUGCUAGAAGCGAAUCGAACUGGGGCUUCGUGCAUUGUGCAAGUACAGUUUGAGGGUGAUCCAGAUAUUGGCGAACAAAGCGAAGACUGUCUUUUCUUAAACGUUUACACCCCUGCCCGCGAAAUCUCCGAAAAAUUACCGGUACUAUUUUGGAUUUAUGGUGGUGCGUUUGUCGGUGGAUGUGCAACAUACGAUUACUACGGCCCCGAUGAUCUGGUCAAUCAAGAUGUAAUAACAGUGACGGUGAAUUAUCGAAUAGGUUUUUACGGCUUUUUGUCCACCGAAGACAAAGCGAUUUUGGGUAACGCCGGCCUGAAGGAUCAACUGCUGGCACUUAAGUGGGCGCGAAAAAACAUCGAGUUCUUCGGUGGUGAUCCCGAGAAGAUUACGAUAUUCGGCGAGAGUGCUGGUGGCAUUUCGGUCGGGGCUCACAUCCUCAACCGGAAAUCCACGGGGUUAUUCAGAGCCGCCAUUUGCCAGAGCGGAUGUUCCUUGGAGACUGUGUUGCAGGUCAACGCCAGACAAAACGUUUACAAUUUAGCGAAGAUUAUCGAUCCAACCAUUUCUGAAGGGAACACGACAGUGGAGGUACGAGACUUUUUGCAAAGUUUAUCUACCGAAGUUUUGAACGAGGCAGGAACUAAGUUAGGCGUACAACUAGGUGCUGUUGUUGAAGUAAAAGACGAAGACGCGUAUAUAACGGAACCAACGGUUCCUUUGCUCGAAUCAGGAGAUUUCAACCAAGUUCCGCUCAUCAUCGGAACAGUCUCCGAAGAAUCGCUAGGAUUUCUUUCCACUGUUUCUGAUAUCGAGGAAGCAGCCCGGUCUUACGAUUCGGAUGUAACUGCUUUGCUACCUGUCGGUUUGGUACCGUUAGAGAACGCGAACCUAACCGAGGCUGGAAUAACAAUCAAAGAAACUUACGCCGGCAGAGAUGGAACGUUCUCAGAGGAUUUGUCCAGAACUUUGAAGUAUUUCAGCGAUAAUAUUUUUGGAAGAUCCACACUGAAGCAAGUGAAGAUCCAGUCGAACUAUACGCCGGUUUAUUGGUACCAAUUUUCCUUUGCUGGAACGAGAAGCAAAGACCGUCCUGCAAUUCAAGGUGCCGGUAAAGUAGGUCACUCCGACGAGUUGGCUUACCUCUUCAAGAUAUCGACAUUUCCGUUGGCUACAGAAGCAGAUUAUUUAACGCGAAAGAGGAUGGUUAAGCUAUGGUCGAAUUUUGCCAAAACACUGGAUCCCACUCCUGAUGCGUCCGAUCCGCUCCUGAACGUAACCUGGCCGCAAGUUUCGCCGAUAGACAUUCAAUAUCUGGACAUCGACGAGAUCCUUCGAGUGAAGCCCAACGGGAAGGUUAAGGAAAUGGAGAUGUGGGACAAUCUGUACGAAACCUACGCAAAACGCCCAUUUUAUUGGUUCUGAAUUGUAGGAAUAAUAUUUUUCAAACUCUUUCAACGCGCGCUUGAUUACCGCCCAAUUGUUGGAAGUGAAAUAGUAUCUAACAAUGAACAGGAUAUUUAUUUUCGCCGUUUAAAAUAUCUAUAGUGUGCGCAUUAUAUAAUAAUAAAGCAAUUUUAGGUGAUUUUCGCUGUUUAACGCACUCAAUUACCCAUCUAAAUGUAAAACAAAUUAGCAAUAAUAAUUCACAAAUUGAGGCUUCUUUUUUUGUGGCUGUUGGCGAUACGCUAUGGCAAUGUUUUCAAAAAUUAUUAGCGUGCAGGCACGCAUGGCAAUUAAUACUUUGGAAAAGUUUGUA